AUGCAUCAGUCUACAAUCACUUCCAUCAUAAGAAUCACCAUGUUCGCUAAGGUCUCUCUAACGCUGCUCUGUGUCGCCGUGGCAUCGGCUAUGGCAUCUCUCCUCCCUCAUGCACCUCCUCCCUAUGGGGCCCCGCCACACCCCACCUACAUACAGAAGGGUCGUCCUUACAAGUUCGAGUACGGCGUGGUCGACGACUACGUUGGGGCGAACUACGGGCACGACGAAACCUCAGACGGGGAGCUGGUGCAGGGCUCCUACUACGUGGUUCUCCCUGACGGCCGCUUCCAAACAGUCAAGUACCAGGCCGACGACGCCGUAGGAUACGUAGCCGACGUGGAGUACAAGGGAGACGCCCAGCACCCUCCCCACUACGCCCCCUCCGUGACCUUCCGCCCCGCCGUCCCGCCCCACUCCCCCGCCCAUACCCCGCCCCCUACCACCACCACUGCCCCCCCUCCGCCGCCCCCCACCACCAUCCCUUACGAAGCAGAGGAAUAACGACUUCGAUAUGUCCUGCAGCAGGACUCUGAUGUUCCUUCCCCUUCAGAAUACGGUUGACCAUGCUGGUAAUGUGUUGAGCCUGAUCACACGCCUCCCGUUGCACACGAAUCGUUAGUCAAGU